AUGCAUAUCAGAAGCAUUCUUCUUCUUGGGCUCAAUGCCUUCUCUGUGGCAUGGGCACAGCUGGCAGACACUUCAUCCUACCCUAUAGGCCCCUUGACUACAUCUGACGCGAAAUGGGCUACUAAAAUUUGUGACAUCACCGAUUACGGUGCUGUAGCAGAUGGGGCAACAGAUUCCGGCGCAGCUAUUUUGGCAGCAUUCAAUGCUUGCUCUUCCGGCGGUGUUGUGAAUAUUCCUCUGGGAACUUUCGCUCUAGCUACUUGGGUUACCCUCAGUGGUGGAAAUGCAUGGGCCAUCAACUUGGAGGGCAUCAUUGUUCGCACAGGCACCGCUGGAGGAAACAUGAUAUACAUCGAGCACAGUACUGAUUUUGAGAUAUACUCUUCCCGCGGCGAGGGUGCAGUCCAAGGAUAUGGAUACCAAUUUCACUCUGAAGGAACUUACGUGACAAAUUUUGCCAUCCAUGACAUUGCUCUGGUCGAUUCUCCUGCCUUCCAUCUCACCCUUGACACAUGCAACCAAGGAGAGGUCUACAAUAUGAUUAUCAGAGGCGGGAACGAAGGAGGUCUUGAUGGUAUUGACGUAUGGGGCUUUGAUAUCUGGGUUCACGAUGUCGAGGUCACGAACAAAGACGAGUGUGUUACUAUCAAGAACCCUUCAAAUCAUAUUCUCGUCGAAAAUAUCUAUUGCAACUGGUCUGGUGGUUGUGGUAUGGGGUCAUUGGGCACAGACACAGAUAUUAGCAAAAUUGAAUACAAUAAUAUCUAUACAGUCAACUCAAACCAGAUGUUCAUGUUCAAGAGUAAUGGUGGUAACGGCACAGUAACCGAAGUCACAUUGCAAAACUUUAUCGGACAUGGGAAUGCAUAUUCACUUUACAUUAACGCGUACUGGUCGGAUCAAACCGUCGCUGACGGGGACGGAAUUCUGUACAACUCAAUCACGUUCAACAACUGGAAAGGGACUUGCGCAAACGGCGCUCAGAGACCCCCACUCUAUGUGCUGUGCUCUUCAACCAAUCCAUGCACAAACAUCAUUAUCGAGGACUUUGCCAUGUGGACCGAAUCCGGCAGCACCGAGUAUUACAAGUGCGCCGAUGCUUGGGGACAGGGAUACUGCUUGGAGGGAGGAUCACAGCAUACUGCAUACGGCACAACGACGUCGACAGUAACAGCUGCGCCUUCUGGAUACUCCGCUGCCACGAUGCCGGGAGAGCUUACUGCCGGGUUGGGAAUUACAACUUCCAUUGCUAUACCCACUGUUCCUAACACAUUUUUCCCGGGUGCUACGCCUGCCACUCCAAGGGUUUAUGGUAGUUAG